AUGAGUAAGUUAGAAAUAGUCUAUAUGAUGAAUGUUGCGCUUUAUAUCAACACUGUAGAGUCCCUCAAAACCUUUAUAAAAGUCAACAAGAAGUGUAGUUCAUGUCUUAAUGGUCUCUAUAUCAAUCCAUUCAUAGAUGUCGCAGUUCAAUGUUUUUCGAUGUUCAAAGAGCAGCGCAAUGCAUUAUACGCCUCAAUAUUUUUAUUUAUAUUAAAGGCGUUCCCCAAAAUUGAAACGUUGCAGUGUGUUGAUUAUAUGUUGGGAGAUGACAAUAAGGUGAUAAAUAAAGUGAAGAAAAUCCGCCUUGUGAAGACUCCACACAACAGAAAUCGGUUGUCUGGUGUUGUUAAAUUCACACACAACCACCCUAAAAUUGCGCCUCAAGCAAUUCCAAAAAUAGCGAAUUUGUUUGUUGUGACGAAGAAUAAGGCAGUUAUACCAAAUGAGACGUAUACGAGUCUUGAGAGUGUGCAGAUUGAUGGGUGGAUCCGCAACAAAGAUUUGUUGAGUGCGAUAUUUGGACUUCCCAAUGUGAAAAAAGUGACGAUUUGGAAUUGCACACAUUUCACUUAUUUGAACACAAUUUGUGAGUGCAUUUCUGAAGUCAAUUUAAAGCACCAACACAAAUUGGACAACGUCAACAUUUCUGUGUUUAUUGAGAAAAGCAUUUCAACAGAAAUCUACAGAGAAGAGUUUGAAAGUGCGUUUUUAGCACUCAAACAGUUGGGUGUGAGUGUGUACUACAACACAGAGAAUGUCAUAGACAACUGUUACGUGUUAGACGAGUCCUGA